UCCUUUCCACCAGGAAAUAAGCUUAGCGUUAGGAAAUAGCAAUUUGGUGAUCUCCAUCAUGGCAGCAACCACGCUCACCAUGAAGCUCCUCGUCGAUUCCAGCCCGCCGCGCCCACGCGUGGUGUUCGCGGAGGCCGGCAAGGACACGGUCGACUUCCUCUUCUCCCUCCUCGCCAUGCCUUCCGGCACAGCCGUGAAGUUGCUGGGGAUGGAGUCCAUGGUCGGCAGCAUCGCCAACCUCUACGCCAGUAUCGAGAAGCUUGGCGACCCUUACAUGGAGCCUGGCGCAACCAAGGAGGCUUUCCUCUGCCCCACCGUGCUAUCCCCUGCGGCGAGCCCCAAGAGCUCCCUCUUAUGCUUGCCGGGGCCGCCCUCGGCUCCGAAGAGUUUUUAUAGAUGUGACCGUGGUGGUUUGUACAGCAGCUGCCGAAACUACGUGACGAACGACAGAGGUGCUCGCUGCCCUGCCUGUGGAAGCCAGAUGAUUUAUGAUUCCCGGUAUGUGUCAUCCGGAACUGUUACCCAAGAAGCCAAAGGGUUCGUGCAGGGUGGCAUGGCGACGUACACGGUGACGGACGAUCUCAUGAUCUUUCCCAUGUCGAACAUCUCCAACAUGGCGAUGCUCAACACCGUCGCAGUAAGGAACCUUAGCGCACUCCAGGAGAAGACCGUGCAGAUCGGGUACGAGGAGGGGUUAGCGAUUGUGAAGGCCUCUCUGCAGUCCAAGACUGUCCUCACUGAUGUUUUCCUUCGCAAGAAGCCGAACAGCAGCACCCCUUCGUUGUCUAACAACGAUAGGUCCCUCCCCUGGGGUGCUUGAAGCGUGUGAAAGUGCAGCUUGACCCUUGUGGCUGGCUACAAUUAAUCAAGUCGUCACGUACGUUGUUGGUGCCUAUAGUGGCCACUAGCUGGCAAGUAGAUGUUGCUUGCUUGUACCCAGCUUAUGCACUUUCAGGGUGCUCAAACUGAUUGUGUAUGUUAAUUUGGUUGGUCAUUUCGGUGGUCAUGCUUAUAGUCUGUUUUUUUGUCUGUCAGGUGGUAGGCUGGGUUAUAAGUUUCCCCGCUGAGUCUUAUCAUUUUGUUUGCCCUUGUACGCUAUUUGACAUUGAUCAAUAAAGUUAUGGCUGUGUGCAUCAAAAAAUGUAGACGCCGGGAGGUAGGCCCUUUCUUUAUCGAAAA